GUUGCGCGCGUCAGUCGAGGUCGAGAAACAAGGACUUGAUGAUGACAAUUCUCGCGUUCGUGCGGAGCUCAAAGAGGCACAGGACCGGUGUAACAUGCUUACGCAGCAGGUUAAUGGUCUACUUAUGGAUAAGAUCGACUUGCAAACUCAGGGUAUCGGUCACCGAGAUGAAGCGCUCAGACGUGAACGUAACUUGGGAGAAUUAAGAGCAUCCUUGGCGGGCAAGUCGCUUCCCAAGGAGGCAGAAGAAUUAAUUUCGGCCCUGCAGACAUCGCACGCUAACAGCGAAGCGCAUGCAAAGGCACUGCAGGACAAACUGACCAAGGCGCGUGCGGUGAGUCUGGUUCACGUAGCAGGUCGGGCGACGCUUACUCAACAGAACCCGUCCCUACAUUUGCCAGUUCAUCCGCCAGCAAGACCAGCUUCUCAAGGAAAGGCCGCGCGCGGAAGAAGCGGCGCAGGAGAGCGUAAGUGCCCGUGAAUGGAGGAUUAUGCGAAGCUUGCUGCCUGCUGAUCGUGUGACAUGUAAAUCAGGCACUGGAGCAAGAACUGCGUCUUAUGGCUUCAGCAUUUCAGGAUGUCAGUCUGCGUUUGGCACAAGAACUUCACUCUGUAUCACGGGGCCGGCGUACGACGCCAUAUCGCACGUCUUUUGCGUGGUUGGGUCAGCAGCGACGCGC